UUGACUCGGAACAGGAAUCAUGGGGGACAUCGAGACUCCGGAGAAUAACCGAUCACGACAGACCGUUAUUCAUUCUCUUCUCCCGAGUAAAGAAUUCAUCUCUUCCCGAAAAGGAAUACUGCUGCUCGGUGAAGUGGUGAUGUCGUUCAUCAGCUUUGUGUGCUUUGCUGCUUCAACAGCAGCUGCCUUCGUCACAGCUCCCCUGAUAGCGUUCUUGGCUGCCCUCUUCUUGCUGUUUGCUUAUUCUACAAAGUUCAAUGAGAGAUUUAAGGGCUUUUACUGGCCCCUCAUGGACUUCCUGCGCUGUGUCAGUGCAUCCAUCAUCUUUUUCAUCAUCUCUAUAAUAUCUGUGUCAAAAUAUGUGGAUGGAGCCUCAAAAGCUGCUGGGUUAUUUGGCUUUAUUACCACAAUAUUCUUCGCCCUGGACUUUUAUUUCAUCUUCAAUGAACUGGCCAACUUCCUCAAGGGAGGUGAUUCCAGUGAGGAACCACCAAACACACAAGAUGAUGACUCAGACUCUGACUCUGACUAAAGCUGUGAUUGUGUCCAAAAACCAGGUGUGUGACCACUACAGUGCCUGAUAACCAAAACAGACUUUAGUAUAACUUUUUUAUUGUUUUUUAUUUUGGGUAUGGUUUUUGUGACUAGAGUUAAGCAGUCUUUUUCAAAUCACAAGCUAAAGCGUUUUCAACAAUUUUUGGAAGCGUCCAGACAAUCUAAGCCUCUCUCAUUUGAUUUCCCCAAA